AUGGCAAUCGUAGAUGAAGUCCCAGGGCUCGAGGUUCAGAUCUACGUCCAUGGAAACCCACUUCGCGAGUAUGUCGACCAGCACGCAGCCGUAUCGGAAGCCACUUCGGAAAGCUACAUCGAAGUGCAUUCAAAUUCGGCCUUCGAGAUUCACUACUCGUUCAAGGCGCCGUUUCCCGUCGACCGCCCUGUAUCUAUGAUCGUGACAAUGGACGGCAAGGACAUCGACGAACCUCUUAUUCGUCCCUGUGAGCUGUACAACCAAGAAGGUCAUGUCAGUUCCGGCCCAAUCUCGAACGAUGGUAGGAAUUGGUCGACAAAGUCAUAUCGCUUCUCACCACUUGAUAUCAGGGAAUGCAGCGAAAAUCCUAUACCGGAAGAUCUACAAAAGAAGAUACGGCUCGUUGGUAUUAUUACUUGCGAGUUCUACUUCCUCAACAACGCGAGACGCAGUGCAAGGACCAAAUUUGUACACAAGGAGCUUGAGAAAUUGGACACAGUCAACGAGAAGGCUAUCAAGGGCGAGUCGCUGUCGCAUCAGGCAAUUUCGACGGAGCCUGCGGAAGAGAUUGAGUAUUACGAUGCCGAAUAUGCCGACGGAGGGGAGCCAUUCGCAACAUUUCACUUUUACUAUCGCUCGCUUGCUGCACUCAAGGAUUUACACAUUAUCGAACGCACGCCCGACCCAGUCGACUUCCUCGAUGGUGAUAACACGGUUCUCGGACAACUGAAUAGGGAACAAUUAGAAGCUAUUGUGCGGCGCUUCAGGGAGCAAGAAGAGACCCGUGUACGCAUGAAACGCGAGCUAUCCGAUACCUCAACCGUAGGAGGCAAUGAUCACGGAUCCAGUGGCCUGAGUGCAACAUGCGACGACGACUUCAUCGAGAUACGUUCGGUCGAUCUGCGUAGAAAGAGGAAGCAGCAACGCGUCAGACAGAUACCAACUGAUGAGACGGAGGUCAUAGAACUUGACUGAGCAAUAUGAAGGAAGAGAAUCCACAACGAUAUGGCAAAUAUGAUGGCGCGUUUGAAGCAUCGAAGCUAUAUUUCACAAUGAUCUUCUUGAAGAUCAGUGUGAACAUUGGCUCUUCAAUCUUUCACAACUAAACAUGUAUAUUUACCC